AUGGAAGAUCUGAUGACGCAAGCCAGGAAGAUUAAGAACGACGUCAUCGGACUGAUCGAGACGAGACGACGUCACCCUCUCAACGCCGUAUAUGAAACUGGAGAAGAACUGUUUUCAGGAACACGCGACAUUAGAUGUGUUGGUGGACCUCGUCAACGCGAGAACGACAAAGAACAUCGACUCUUUCGAACAACUUACGACCCGAAUCGGACGUCUGCGGAUGAGAAGAUGUGGUCCAACACCAGUUUGACUAUCUUCGUCGCUUACGCUCCAACAUCAAGCUACGAAGAAGAAGUCGAAGCUUAUGGACCUGGAGAAGCCAAAGUUGACCCAAGAAGAACGCCUGAGGAACUUCACAUCGGGACCUACGGCCUACAAUGGAAUGACCAGGGGGAAAGGAUCUCCGAGUUCAUCAUGACGACUAAGACCAUCCAUGGGAACUCACAAUUCCAGAAGCCCUCCUCUCUACGCUGGACUUGGGAGUCACCCGGUGGAGGGUACCGUAAUGAAAAAGACCACAUCAUCGUCAAUAAAAGGUUCUGCCUGACGGACGUCGCUGUUGCACCAAAGUUCUAUACGGGAUUGGACCAUCGCCUCCUCCGAGGAAGAUUUUCCUUCACAAGGAGAGCAGAGAAAGCCGCCAGGUUCAGAGAGAGAAAUCCCAGAACUACCAUCAACUGGGAUCUCUUCGUUACGCUAGCAGGCUUUUGGGAAGAUUCCGCAAUGGACAACAUCGACGAGGAAUAUGACCAGCUCGUUGAACACCUUCACGACUGCGCGAAGAAGGUUGAGAGUUUUAAAACCACCGAGAGAUGCCUGUCUCUUGAAACUCUUGAGCUGAUACGCCAGCGUGGAGCAGCACGAGCCGCAGGGAACCAAGAUCUCAUGUCCGAGCUCGCAAGGCUUUGCAGAGAGGCGAUAGAGGAAGACCUUCAAGGGAGAAGAGCAGAAGUGCUGGCUGAAGCUGCAGAGGCGGGGAACCCGUCGAGACUUCGCCAGUUGCAAAACGAGGAUCACUGCUCUCCGGAACCCGAAGGGAACAACUAUUGCAUCGAGAAGGGGGAUGGAGAAAAUCAUCUACGACUUCUACUCUGA